AUGGCAUCUCAAGCUGUAUUUGAGAGCUUCAAAGCUCAUGAUGAACCAAUAUAUCAAUGUACUUGGCCACUUCAAAUUGUAUCACAAGCAAGAGAUUUAGAUUUUACACAAUGUUUCGAACAUGCAGUUCUCUUACCUGCUCCUUUGGUCAUGACUAUCUUACUUGGUACGGCUCAAAUAAUCAACACUUCUAGGAAAUUGAAGAAGUCACAAGAACAAGGUGGUUUGAUAUGGCAGAACAGAACAAAGAGAAAUGAGAGAAUAUGUACACUCAAAUUGCACCUCCUCUCUGCAUCAGCCAUCUUCACACUAGUCUCACUCGGUCUUUCAUUCUUCCACGUACGAGAACAUAUACUUUCAACCGUACAUUACCUCUUGUUAUUGCUCGCGGAAGUUACCCUAAUCCACCUCACAACGCUCAAUCAUCAUACCUCUCGGACAUCUUCAUCAUUGGUCCUACUCUUUUGGCCAGCGUAUCUGCUCAUCUUCUUCAUAAGGCUUCGAACGAUGAUCGUCACCGGCGAUCUCAGUAGACACCUUACACAUACAUUACCUGGUAGAUGUUUACUUGCAAGAGAAUCAUUUUGGUUCUUGAGUAUAGUAACUGGAAUGAUCGAUUUCAUUUUGGAGUUGUAUUCACCCGAGAAACGAUGGAAGACAUUCCGUGCAUCGUGGUCAUCAUCAAAGAAAGGUAAAAUCGCUUUAGAUGAUGAAAGCGAUGAAGAGGAAGAACUCUUGAAUGGUGUUGACAGUCUUAACGGAGACGGUCGUGUCUUGCCAAAUUCCGGCAAAAACGAACAUGGUGAUAUUGAAAGUCCAGUUUCAACAGCCAAUAUAUAUGAACAGUUGACUUUCUCGUGGCUCACACCUUUACUCUCAUUGGGCACAAAGAAAUUCCUAGGAGAAGAAGAUAUGUGGGCGUUACCAUCAAACGAUUCAGCUGAAUCUUUAUCAAAUCGAUUACAUACAUCAUGGAAGAAUCAAGUUGAUAUGGUAAAAUCUGGUAAAAAGAAAAAGGCCUCGCUCGCUUUCGCCAUCAUCAAAGCAUUUGGUACCCCUUAUUUAACGGCUGGUUUGUUCAAAGGAUGUUACGAUAUACUCAAUUUCCUUCAACCUCAAUUACUUAGAUUGCUCUUAAGUUUUGUGUCAAGUUACGGAACAGAUAAUCCUCAGCCUCCUGUAGCCGGUUUUGCAAUCAGUAUCUUGAUGUUCAUCAGUGCUAAUGUAGCCACUGCUAUCCUACAUCAAUACUUUCAACGAUGCUUUGAGACCACCAUGCGGAUCCGGGGCAGUCUUGUUACACUCAUUUACCGAAAAUCUCUGGUCCUUAGCAAUGGCGAGAAAUCAGGUCGAACCACCGGUGAUAUCGUCAACCUUCAAAGUGUCGAUGCGGUCAGAAUAGGUGAUGUCUGUCAAUACGGCCAUAUCGCCUGGUCAGGUCCUUUUCAGAUCAUCAUAGCGUUCAUCUCCUUGUACAAACUCGUUGGAUGGCAAGCUUUCAUGGGUGUCGCCGUGAUGGUCAUCAGUCUUCCAGCAAAUACAGUCCUCAAUCGACUGAACAAGCGGUACCAAAGAACAAUGAUGAAGAUCAAAGAUACCCGUACAAGAACCAUGAACGAGAUCUUGAAUAACAUCAAAUCUAUCAAAUUGUACGGAUGGGAAAAGUCGUUCUCUCAAAAGAUCUUUGAAAUUCGAAACAACCAAGAGCUCAAACUGCUCAGAAAGAUCGGUAUCAACUUUGCUUUCGUCAACUUUAUCUGGCAAGGUACACCUUUUCUUGUAGCUUUCUCGACAUUUGCUACCUUUGCCUUGACAAGUGACAGGCCAUUGACAAGUGAAAUCAUUUUCCCUGCCAUCUCUCUUUUCCAACUUUUGAGUUUCCCAAUGGCUAUGUUUGCCAACAUCAUCAAUAGUAUCAUUGAAGCUUCCGUAUCUCUUGGUCGAUUGGAGAACUUCCUUUCCGGGGAAGAGCUGGAUCCAGAUGCUAGAAAGGUGAUCAGCCCCUCCGAAGAUCCUCAAGGUGGACCCAAAAAUGGUGAUACAGUAGUUUCAAUCAAAGAUGGGGAAUUCAAAUGGCUCGCUAGUGCUGAUCAACCAACUCUGGAAAACAUCGAUUUGCAAGUCAAAAAGGGAGAACUAUUCGCUGUCAUCGGUCGAGUAGGUGAUGGAAAAUCGUCACUACUCGGUGCCAUCUUAGGUGAAAUGACUCGUUCAGAUGGAUCUGUCACUGUCAGAGGUGAUGUCGCGUAUUUUAGUCAAAAUUCCUGGAUCUUAUCAGCUACAGUAAAAGACAACAUCGUAUUUGGACAUCGAUUCGAUCCGGAUUUCUACGAAGAAGUCAUCGAUGCUUGCGCUCUUAGACAGGAUUUGGCUGUUUUGACCAACGGAGAUAAGACCGAAGUGGGUGAAAAGGGUGUUUCCUUGUCCGGUGGUCAAAAAGCACGUAUCAGUUUGGCAAGAGCCGUGUACGCCCGAGCGGACCUAUAUCUUCUUGACGACCCCCUCGCAGCUGUCGACUCGCACGUCGGUCGACACAUUUUCGACAAAGUCAUUGGUCCCAAUGGUCUUCUCAAAGGUAAAGCUCGUAUACUUUGUACCAACGCGGUCACUUUCCUUCCUCAAGCCGAUGAAAUCAUUAUGCUGCGAAGAGGAGUAAUCCUCGAACGAGGUCAAUAUGAUGAAGCAAUGAACAACACUUCCUCAGAGCUAUAUAAACUUAUCACGGGACUCGGUAAACAGUCAGCUAAAGGUGAAGAAGACUCUGAUGGAUCUUCCACUCCUACGGUAAUUGAAGACGACAACUCUACUUCAGACAAAGAAGAUGAAUCGGAAUCUGUAGACGAGGUAUCGUCUUUGAGGAAACGAAAAGCUUUCCGAAGAAUGAGCACAGCCCUUAUGAGAAGAUCGUCAAUCGUAUCGCUUAAACAGGCUAAAAGAGAUGCCAUCAAGGAUUUAAGAGAAUCUGCCAAACCAAAAGAACAUAGUGAGAAAGGGAACGUCAAGAAAGAAGUUUACAAAAACUAUAUAUCAGCGGCAUCCAAAACCGGUGUAGCAGUCUUCUUCCUAGCUAUGUUAGCAGGUCAAGGAUUAGGUAUCUUGUCGAAUUUCGUUUUAAGAUCAUGGGCUUCAAGUAAUACAAAAGCUGGAGAUACAAAGGACAUUGUGAGAUAUCUUACUAUCUAUGGAGUUGUUGGAUUAUCAGGAUCAAUCUUGAAUGUUGUUUCAUUCGCUACAUUGAAAAUCGUCAUUGCUCUGAAAUCGGGUAGAAGAUUACAUGAUAAAGCAUUCACACAAUUAAUGAGAAGUCCUCUAAGUUUCUUCGAGCUAACUCCUACUGGAAGAAUAUUAAACCUCUUUUCAAGGGAUAUCUUUGUCAUUGACGAAAUUUUGAUCUUCUCCUUGGGCUCUUUCUUCAGAACUACCACUCAAGUUGUCGGUACGGUAGCUGUCAUCGCUUAUGGUGCACCCUUCGUACUUCUCGUCUUCAUUCCAUUGACUUUCAUCUACCGCUUGGUAAUGAGAUACUACCUCGCCACGUCUCGGGAGUUGAAACGACUUGACGCUGUAUCUCGAUCACCUAUAUUCUCAUUUUUCGGAGAGACGUUAUCUGGAUUACCUGUCAUCAGAGGAUACGGACAAACAGACCGAUUUAUCGCUAAUAAUGAAGCUCGAAUUGAUCGAAAUCAAGCUUGUUAUAUGCCUGCUAUGACUAUCAAUCGAUGGUUAGCAGUCCGACUUGAAUUUUUAGGAAGUUGCUUGAUGUUCUCAACUGCCCUUGUAUCAGUCGCAGCUUUGAUCAAAUUCAAUUCUGUCGAUGCUGGUUUGGUCGGUUUAUUGAUGUCUUAUACCAUUUCAGUCACUGGUACAUUGAAUUGGCUGGUGCGAAGUGCUUCGGAAGUUGAACAGAACAUCGUUUCCGUUGAAAGAGUACUUGGAUACGCAAAUUUACCAAGUGAAGCUCCUGAUUUCGUUGAAGACAAGAAACCAUCUUCAAACUGGCCCGAAAAAGGCGCUAUUGAGUUUGACAAAUUCUCUAUGCGAUAUCGACCUGAACUUGAUCUCUGUCUUCGGGAUAUAUCAUUCAAGAUCAACGGUGGUGAGAGAGUAGGAGUUGUCGGACGAACAGGUGCAGGCAAAUCUUCUUUGACUUUAGCGUUAUUCAGGAUAUUAGAAGCUGCAAGUGGAAGAAUCUUGAUAGACGGAAUUGAUAUUGCGACUAUUGGAUUACAUGAUUUGAGAAGCGUAGUCUCUAUCAUCCCUCAAGAUCCACAAUUGUUUGAAGGUAGUUUAAGAAACAAUAUCGACCCUACAAACGUAUCUUCCGAUGCUGAUAUUUGGCAAGCUUUGAGUCAAUCUCACUUGAAAGAACACGUUACCAGCAAUAUGGGCGGAUCGUUAGAUGCCGAGAUCACUGAAGGAGGAGGUAACUUGAGUGCAGGUCAAAGACAAUUACUUUGUUUCGCACGAGCUCUUUUAAGGAAAACCAAGAUAUUAGUUUUGGACGAAGCUACCAGUUCAAUCGAUUUAGAAACUGAUGAAGCUGUUCAAGAUAUUCUGAGAGGCCCCGAUUUCAAAGGUGUAACUACGAUUACUAUCGCUCAUCGAAUAAACACAAUCUUAGAUUCUGAUAGAGUAUUAGUCAUGUCAGAAGGUAAAACAGCGGAAUUUGAUUCACCUGAAUCGUUAAUCGAGAAAGAUGAAUCGCUUUUCGCCGCCCUGGUCAAAGAAUCGGGAUUAGGUCAAAACCAAAAUCAAACGGCUCCUCAAUCAAAAGCUGCAAGUAGAGCUCCUUCAAUCAAAGGAGGUAAAGAUUGA